GCCCAGUUCCUCCACCUCCAUCGACUGUGGCAUACAACGGUAGAAAUGAGAGUGAAGUUCUUGAUGACAUUUUUCCUCCCAGGGAAUGGACAGAAAACAAUAAGUUAUGGGUGCAACAUGUUUCAACAGCCCCUUGCAACCGCAUGGAUGUGGUCAAUCUGCAGGAACAGCUGGAUUUAUUACUCUUUCAAAGAGGUGCACGUGAGCUCGGACUCUGUUCUGUUCGCCGAGAACUCUUCUCACAGUGUUUUGAUGAACUCCUCCGACAGGUCACCAUCACCUGUGUAGAGAGAGGGAUGCUAAUGAUGAGGGUCCAGGAUGAGAUCGAGAUGACGAUUGCUGCCUACCAGACUCUGUAUGAAAGUGGAACCAUAUAUGGCUUGAGAAAAGCCUUGCAAGCUGAACAAGACAGAAUUGAUUUAGAAACUAAGAUUGUAGACUUGGAGACUGAGAAUAGAGAUCUUGAGAGGCAGGUGGCGGAACAGAAGGAAAUAUGUAAAGUGAUUGAGAAGAGAGAGGAAGAUCGAAGAAAACUAGAGGAAAGAAAACGGAAUGUUGAAAUUGAGGCCCUAAAACGAUCAAAUCAGCAAAUUAAGGAUAAGCUGGAAAGUAUUCUUGUCCAAAAGAGAAUGAUGUAACAAAGAAGUCUUGAAGUCACUUCACUCAUUCUACUUUAAUGCGCUGGCAAAUGAGCCAAUCACAUUAUCAUUAAUGUCUUCAUUCCCUGUACAAGAUUUCAUGUUUCCUACACAUGGUCAAGUAUACAGUAAGAAAUAAACUGACUAACAAAUCAGACCACCACAUACUCUCCCUUGUCAACAUGCAGUCUUCCAUCAAAAUUUGGUUGUAGGGUUGUUACGCCUUUUUGCAGUUAUUCUCGAUUUGUGGUAUGGUGUUUCUAUUAUUUUCUGAAACUAGUUCAGUCCUGUCAUUGAUCCUCCUCACCUCUUAAUGUUGACAGGUAUUUUUGUCUGACAACAAAUGCUAAACAGUACAAUACGUCCACAGUGUGUCCAUAAGGAUUUGGCUCUAA